UUGAACUUUAAUUGGGUCAGAGCUUCUUCAUUUUCUCGCAAGUCUUCUUCUCCGGUAACAGUCAACCAUGAACCACCACAACAUGAUGGUGAAUGACAUCAAUGCCAUGCUCGACCAAGCAGAACCACCGGUAACCGCCGAUUGUUGUAUCUACAAAGUCCCCUUCGUUAUUCGCAGACUCAACGACGACGCAUACACCCCCAAAGUCAUUUCCAUCGGUCCUUUCCACCACCGUCACCACCACCACCACCCCCGCCUCCAAAACAUGGAACGACACAAACUCAUUUAUCUCAAAGCAUUUCUCCAACGAACCGAUUCAACUUUACACACCUUCAUCAACUACAUUGAAUCCAUCAUACCUAUUUUCAACCGUUCUUAUUCCGAAACCCUAGAUUUCACAAAUCAGGAACUUGUUAAAUUAAUCUUAAUCGAUUCUGGUUUCAUAAUUGAGCUUUUCUGGAGAUCUUAUUAUGAUGAUUGGUCUCAAGAGGAUGAUUUUCUCUUAAAACCCUGGUUAGCUUCUAAUAUAAGAUUAGAUUUAUUGUUAGUUGAAAAUCAGUUACCCUUUUUUGUUGUUGAAAAAAUCUUCAAUAUUUCUUUUAGUUCUAAGACUAAUAUCCCUUCUUUUCUUGAACUUACUUUUGAUUAUUUUGCUUAUUACAAUAAAUCCAAGUUAGACUUUUCUGAUAAUAGUUAUAUUAGCAUAAGGCAUUUCACUGAUCUUAUUAGAAUUUUCCACUUGCAACAUCCAUUGGAAAGACGGCCGCGUAGAAUCGAUGAGCCGAUGACACAUCUUCAUAGUGUAACUGAGUUGUUAGAAGCAGGUGUUAGGUUUAAAGUGAACACUGAAAGUGAGUGUUUACUCGACUUGAGGUUUUCGGGUCGAGUUCUUGAAAUACCUCAAUUGAAAGUCGAGGAUUGGACUGAGAUUUUGUUUCGGAAUAUGGUUGCUUUGGAGCAAUGUCAUUAUCCUUACGAGUCUUACGUUACUGAUUAUGUUGCGGUUUUGGAUUUUCUUAUUAAUACUGGAAGGGAUGUGGAUAUACUUGUUAAGAAGGGGAUUUUGGUUAAUUGGCUUGGAGAUAGUGAUUCUGUGGCUAACUUGUUUAAUAGUCUUUGGAAAAAUGUUACGCAUUCAAAUUUCAGUUCUCAUUACUCUGUUCUUUGUGAAGAUUUGAAUGGUUUUUGUAGUGAUCCUUUGCGUAAAUUGAAGGCUACUCUCCGACGUGAUUAUUGUAGCAGUCCUUGGCAAACUGCGGCUUCUGUUGCUGGAAUUUUACUGCUGAUUCUCUCUUUGAUUCAAACAGUUUUUUCUGUCUUGCAAGUUGUACAUCACUAGAAUGAUGACUCCUAGGCUAGAUUAUGGAAAGCAAUGCCAUUUAAUAUGCUAUGAUAUAUCAUCAACCGUGAAAUUGGUUGCAGCUAACUGCUACAAGGUAUCAAACACGGAUCUGCACAUUCCUCCAUCUAACUCCUGGGCCAAACCUCCAUAUCCAGCAGAGGAAGUACCAUACUUAGAAGUGCUGUUAUUGUUCAACUUGGCAUGACCAAUACUAGGAGGACUCCAACUGACAUUAAUGGAAACAUUCUCAUUCUCCACAAGGUGAGUGUCCAACUUAGUAGCCUGAUUAUAGCCAGAUGAGUCUGAAUGAUAAACAAUAUCCUAAGGUCGAAUUGGUUAAGCAAAGUUUUUUUUUGAAUAAGCAAAACUAUAUUAAAAAUUCUAACAAGGCACAAGGAGUGCGAGAAAAGAACAAAAAGGGCUACUUUCACCAUAGAGAGACAAGGCUUGAAAACCAAGUUCACCCGAGUUCCAAAACACAAUCAAAUAGAAUCACUGCAAAAAUACAAUUGAAGUCCUCCAAAAACCCAAUGAUUUGUAAUACUGGAGAUUUUUUUCUCAAAUUGUUUCAAGUUCCUCUCGUACUAAAUUAUAGUCAGAUGCUAAUCAACCAAAUUACCUUAAGCUUUUUCUUAAAAAGCUCCGGUCUUUGAAAUUAGGGCACAAAAUUGAAUAGUAUACUUGAAAUUAAGCCACAAAAUUGUUUCAGCACAUUUCUUUUUGUCAAAUGUUGAUUUGUUAAUAUUUUUGUCAAUAAUUUCAGUAAUGAAUAUAAAUGACUCAAAGAUCGAAGAAUGUUUGGAGAAUGGUUCAUGAUUGAUUCUAGAAUCCGCACACAUGCAAAAUGGUGCAUGCUCAAAGUUUAGAAUAUGAACUUACCCAACAUGACAGAAAAUGAGGGGGGAGGAAUAAGUAUUUUGUGGCUUAUAUGAGAUGUUCAAAUAUCAAAAUCUAAACACCUUAAAAAAAUACAUUUCGUAUUCUAGAAUUCGAAUUGUAUUUUUAACAGUUUGAAAGGCUUUUGAGAGUGUUAAGAGAAUUUAGUAAUUUCGUGACUAAUAAUACCAAAAAUAUUUGGGAACUGAUAACCCAUCCUAAGAUGUGGAAAAACACAAAGAAAAUUCAAAAAUACUCAUUUGAUUUUAAAAAUGCAUUUUCGGAUGUACCUAUUAUCUCACUAAAUCAGGCUCACUUGAGUUGAACACCAUAUAUUUUCCCAACAUCUGUUUCAUAUAUGCUUCACCAAAAUCAUUCCAUAUAAAUCCCAUAUGUUUGCAGAGAUGAUUAUAGCAUACAUAUUUCAAAAAAAUUGAGAAACGUUGAAAAGUACCGGAUUGUAGCUCUGAUAGUUCAGUAUGCUUCAUUUGUGCGGUUCAGAUCUUGAUGAUUUCCAUGCAAAUUAUACUCAGUUUUUCACCACUAAUGCGAUAUAUUUUACAUACAUGCUUAAUUUUUAAUUUGUUCAAAAAAUAUUAAGCUUAUGAUAUCUUCGACAUUGAUAAUUUAUUCUGAAUAUGUUGUAAAUGACAAAUAUUUCUCGCCCGAGCUGAUGUUUUGGCAUUGACACAUUCUAUUGGUAAACAACAUGAUAUUAUUAUUGUUACUCUGCAUUUUGAUACCUCAAUUGGGAUUAGAGGGUGAAAAGAUAAAUUGAUUAUAGGUUGUGAGAGAGGAAGAAAUUACAAGAAGAAGAAUGUGAAUGAAAGCAAUUAUAGUAUGAAAAUGACAUGUCCAUUUAUGAUGAGAUAGAUCUGUGCCAAGUGGAGGCAGUUAGAAGGUUACGGUUAGAUGUAGAGUUCACAAUCAUAUACUAGCUAAGGACUUAGAUGACCAUGACAUAUUUGGCCGUUUAAAAGAUAAUGAAGGAAAAUUUGGGAAUGACAUGACCAGAUACAAUAUGACUCUCAAAUACAUAGUUGCCCAUGUAUACGAGGAAAGUUAUACAUACAAGACAAUCAAGAGAGGUCCAUUGACCAAAAUACAACAUCUGCCGAGUCUUAUUCAUGAAGAGAAAUACAUGUAUUGGACUAGAAACAAGGACUUUUUCUAUGUCAUUGCUGAUAUAUUUUGAACGCAGUCUGAUUCAGUGAAGUUGUUGAACAUGCUUCAUCUUGUGUUAAUUUUUGAUUGCACAUACAAAACAAAUAGGUACUGCAUGCUCUAAUUGCUUAUAUUUUUAUUUAUUUGAUAUUGGAUUGGAAGUUGUUUAUUUAUUAUACAUACAAAAACAAACAGUUACUAGAUACCACUACUUGAGAUUGUUGAUGUUACAUCUACGAAGUUGAUAUUUUUGGUUGGAUUUUCCUAUACGAAAACAUGAAAGGGAGGAAAACUUCACAUGAGCACUAGAGAAGCUAAAAGAGUUGUUUUCUUCCUAGAAGUUGUCAGAAAAGGUUUUGUGAACUAGCGUUGAUGAAUGUUGUGGAAGUUGUGUUUCCAAACUCAACUCAUUUGUUGUGUCUAUUUCAUAUUUAAAAAAAAAAAUUAGUAUGAAGCUUAAGGAAUAUGUCAAAUCACAUAGGCAUGAACAUGUUUUGAAUCUAUGGAACAAUAUUAUAUAGUUCGGAGUUGUAUCCCCAUCCCAUGUGGUGGAAAUAUACCUUAAGAAAAUCCAAACCUCUCCCCCCCUCAGAUUUUGGAAAUGUAUUUCCGGGCGCACCUUGAGCACCAUUGUAACACAACUCAAUUGAAUUUCACUUUUUUUUAUCAAAAUACAUUUCAAAGAUGCAUCUCCAGAUUAACCCUAACAAUUUAUUCCGAAUUUAACAACUCAAUGAUUUUUUUCGGAGGUGCAUAUCCGAAUCGUUCAUCUUUACAUAGUUUCCAAUUCUCUUCCAAAUGCAUAUAACGUGUUCGACAUAAUUUCCAAAUGGAACUCGUUUCUUUGAAAGUUUUUGAUUUGAAAUUAUGCUACAACAUGAUAUGUUUGAUUA